AUGGGGAUAGAACAGCGUGGUGUUGUCUCAAGGCACCAAAAACAACGGCUCACUUACCACGAGCUCGACUUGAAGAGCAACUCUUUGGCACGCGGGCUGGCAUCAAUAGGCGUUAGCAAGGGAGACCGUGUGGCGAUAUCGUUGGGGAAUGGUAUUGAAUACGCGGUGGCUACCUAUGCGCUCUUUAAGCUAGGAGCAGUGCUGGUUCCGUUAAACCCCAACUUCAACACCACCCAGGUUGCCGCCGCGCUGAGCCACCUGUCCGCUACACAUUUGAUUAUAAGCACCGAGGCCAAUUUACCGCGACGAGAGCCCCGAUCAAACUUGCCCCUUCUUUCGCAGAUCGUGCCAAACCUCAGUAGCGGCAAACUGCAGUCGGUGCUGGUCCCUUCACUCAAACACAUUGUCCUUGUUCAGAACGACGGUGGUCGAGUCGAUACAUCCUCCUUUGCAUGCACCACACCCUUCACGUCAAUAUUAUCCGAACUCGCACCAGAUCUGCGCCCUUUGCCGCCGCAAGGCCUCGAUCCACACGAUAUCGUGAACAUACAGUUCACUUCGGGCACCACGUCCAUGCCAAAGGCAGCUUGUCUGUCGCACCGCUCCAUCCUAAACAACGGCGCUCAAAUCGGAGACCGCAUGCGCCUGACGCCUCAAGAUGUAGUCUGUUGCCCACCUCCUCUGUUCCAUUGCUUUGGAUGCAUUCUAGGAUACAUGGCGACUGCAACCCAUGGUUCUGCGAUCGUAUUCCCGUCGGAAUCAUUCAACGCGGUUGCUACACUAAAAGCAGUGCAGGAAGAAAAGUGCACUGCACUCUACGGCGUCCCAACCAUGUUUGUCGAAGAAUUAGAGUUACUAGCAAAUGGAACCGUCCCAUACGAGGGCUUCGAGCAUUUACGAACGGGCAUCGCCGCCGGCAGUAGUAUUCCCGCGGAGUUGAUGAAGAAGCUUCACAAGACCUUGAAUUUAACAGAGUUAACCAUCUGUUACGGGAUGACGGAGACCAGCCCCGUCUCUUGCAUGACCACGACAGACGAUCCAAUCGACAAGCGCAUAAACACUGUAGGUCGUUUGAUGCCCCAUGUGGAAGCGAAAGUCGUCGCGCCGGGUGACCAUAGCAAAAUCCUUCCUGUCGGGUCCAAGGGAGAGCUGGUUGUGAGCGGCUAUUCGGUCAUGAAAGAAUACUGGGGCGCUCCGGAACAAACAGCCGCAGCCAUGAAAGCUGAUGAUGAUGGUAAAAUCUGGAUGCACACCGGAGAUGAGGCGUUGAUGUCGGCAGACGGAUACGUGAGCAUCACGGGUCGAAUCAAAGAUUUGAUUAUCCGUGGCGGGGAGAAUAUUCACCCAUUAGAAAUUGAAAAUUGCCUUUUCGCCCAUCCCGGCGUUUCGAACGUAUCCGUGGUGGGAGUACCGGACCAGAGGUAUGGAGAAGUCGUUGCUGCAUUUGUUGUUGCUCGAGAAGAGGGAGAAAAGAGAGUCACAGCCGACGAAAUCAGGUCCUGGGUGCGAGGAAAUCUCAGUAACCAUCUCGCCGCUUUGCACUCCAAAACCGCAAGACUUCCCUCGCGUCUUGAAAACUUUCUCCAUCUCAUGUCAUUCCCGGUAUCGUUAAGUUACCAUACUGUCACCCUCUUUCCCUUGCGGUUGGGCCCGUUCUCAAGCGCGAUCUUUCGUUAA